AUGGCUGAAAGAAUCAUUCCUGAACGUUUUCUUCACGUUGAUAAAAAGCCCGAUCAAUCUUUAACACCAAUCACAGUCUUAUUUAAACUCCUAACAAUUCAUAAAAUCAUUUAUCGUGGUGUUUGGAGAAAUCUAAGUGAUGAUUAUGAUAUUGAUAAAAUUUGGUGGAGGUUGAGUUCUUGUACGGAAAUAAUGAAUGUUAUGGAACAAUUUUCAAUUUCGAACAUUUAA